AGAGGGUGUAGUGUGCCGUACUGCUGGCUUCAUUCAGCGCCGGUGUUUGGGAGAGAGAGGGGAUAAAACGCGAAUGCAGUCGACCAAACAUCAUAGCUAGCUGCCUACACCCUACUGUCUUCGCCGACCUUCAAACAUAUUUGGCUGCUCUGAGGCUUAGUCUUUUGGGAACACUUGGAUUCUCCAGUAAGACCAAGCCUUUGCUCCUCUUCCCCAAGGAUCAUGGCCAAAGAUGCCGGUCUGAUUGAGGCCAAUGGGGAGCUGAAGGUUUUCAUUGACCAAAAUGUGAGCCCUGGCAAAGGAGUUUUGUCUUUAGUGACUGUACAUCCACAGUCAGUUGCAGUGGGGAAACAACUGUUGCCAAAAACACUGGGCCCUUCAAAUGUCAACAUCGCCCCACAGGUGGUCAUUGGUACACCCCAGCGGCCAAGUGGGUCCAAUGUGCUCCUUAUGAACAGUCCCCACACACCCAGCUCUCAGUUCAUCACUCAGAGCCAGCCUUCUGAUGCUUCUCCAUGGUCCUCAGGGAAGAGAAGUAAGAAAGGGGAAAAGAAUGGAAAAGGGCUGAGGCAUUUCUCCAUGAAAGUGUGUGAGAAGGUACAGAGGAAGGGUGUCACGACGUACAAUGAAGUAGCAGAUGAGCUGGUGGCUGAAUUCAGCUCUGCUGACAACCCGAUUUCCCCCAAUGACGCGCAUGUCUAUGAUCAAAAGAACAUUCGGCGGCGUGUAUAUGAUGCCCUUAAUGUCCUGAUGGCAAUGAACAUAAUCUCAAAAGAGAAAAAAGAGAUCAAGUGGAUUGGCCUUCCCACCAACUCAGCCCAGGAAUGCCAGAACCUGGAGGUGGAGAGGCAAAGACGCUUGGAGAGAAUUAAGCAAAAACAGUCACAGCUCCAAGAGCUAAUUUUACAGCAAAUUGCCUUCAAGAACCUUGUGCAGCGCAACCGCCAGACAGAACAGCAGACGAAUAGGCCGCCACCAGACAAUUCAGUCAUUCACCUGCCUUUCAUCAUCAUAAACACCAGCAAGAAAACGGUCAUUGACUGCAGCAUCUCCAAUGACAAGUUUGAGUACCUCUUCAACUUUGACAGCAUGUUUGAGAUCCAUGAUGACAUUGAGGUGUUGAAGCGCAUGGGCAUGGCCUGUGGACUGGAGGCAGGGAAGUGUUCUGCUGAAGACCUGAAGAUGGCUCGCAGCCUGGUACCCAAGGCUCUGGAGCCUUACGUCACAGAGAUGGCACAGGGACCCAUCAGUAAUGUCUAUAUGACAGGAGCGUCAUCUACUAAUGGUGGACGCUACCAUGUUGGCAGUGACAGUGGGGCUGAUGGAACAAUGGCGUCAAGCUCUAACGACUCGCACUACAGUGGUUCUCGUGUUGAAACCCCGGUUUCUUACAUGGGCGAUGACGACGAUGAGGAGGAAUAUGAUGAGAACGACGAUGACGACUAACCUUCGCAGCCCUCUUUGUCAUGCACAGUUCUUCCAACGGCUGUAUUCAAGGGAUUUAUCACUCGCUCAAGCUCCCUCUUCCCCUCUGCUUCUAGCACACCUUUUAGAUUCUCUGCCUCCCCGUCUAUCUGAUGCAGGCAUUGAGGAGCAUGGGCUUCAGAGGUGUGUUAUUUUUGUCCUGCUGUAUGGCUUCUCCUGUUAAAUUGCAGCACACCGUUGGGUGCUAGUGCAUAUUAUUGGCCCUGCUGGGUCUAGUUUAACAGAAGGACUUGAAGGAAAGUCUCCCUGAAGUAGCAGAACUCUGCCAUACAGUAUGUACUCAGAUCGGAUCCUUCCUUCCAAACGAAACCCUUGCUCAGCCAUGCAGCCACUUGCUGUUGGAGAAUGUGUAGGUGUGAUCGCUAUGUGAAAUGGUUAGAAUAUUCUCCUUUUCACUUAUUGUUUGUUUUUGUUUUUUUUGUUUUUUUUUUAAUGUGCUGGCUCAAUUCACUUUCUGAAUAUUCAAGAUGGCUGUCUUCUCCUAGACUGAUGGUUCAGAGAAUUGGUUCAGCCAGCUGCCAUUUGGCCCCGUCAGGGCAAGUCUUUGGAUCUAUGGACACUUUUUCAUAUGAUUGGAUGAAUUCAUGGAUUUCUUUUGUAGAUGCCCGCCCCCGCCCCAUGUCUGUUUGGCUUCCUGUUAAUCCGUGGGCAGCUGUUUUAGGGAGUUCUGUUGAACAGUUAUUCUUUUGGUUUUGUUUCAGCUUGAGCGGUAAACCUCCUGUUCUCUUUUCAGCUGACCGGCAUCAGGAAAUCAGAGAAACUUUAUUAUCUGCUGAAGUUUAUAGAAAUCGAGGUACUUUGUUUAAAUAACGUGUUGAAAACCUCUGAAAAUUAGUUUCUAGUAUACUCUCCAAGUCAGUAACACUACGGAGUAUGUAUGAUUAUUGAUGUGUAUCCCAAUAUGGGAUAUAGUUCUCUUUUGGACUCCCCUUGAGAAUCUUAAAAUAAAUAAAUAAAUAAAUUUAGAAAAUUAAAAAAAAAAUUGUUGUACUGACUCCACAAAGGCAACUUUUCUGUAAUCUAAUGAGUUUGGAAAUU